AUGAGUGGCUCUCAGGCAGGCUUCGGAUUCCUGGCCCUUCAACAGGCUUUUCGGGAUUACCGUUCUCAACUGGAGGAUAUCUAUUGUGCAAUCAUCCAGUUUCAUGAUGAGGCCUGGAUCCUGCCCGCAGUCGCUAUGCUCUCGCAGCUCUCAUAUCUAUUGCACGAUUAUGGUCUGGAGUUUGAGCAUUGGAGAUAUUCACCUGAAGCAAUCAACGAGUUCUUCCAGGAACAUGGGGUCUUCGAAUUCCCCCCUGAUCUGUUACUGAGUUAUCUCCCAGAUGCUCUCUACAUGCGCUGUCCUCAGCUCAAAACUGGCCCCAAGUCCGAGCCGGUUGUCUUAUCUUCUGACAACGAGAGCGAGCCCUUGGUUAGCCCCUACAAGACCUGCUCUUGUGAUGCUCCUCCUGUCGAUGUUCCUGCAAUUGGUCUCACCGUCGCUUCCCCUCGAGCUUGCCCUACCAGACCUGCUACCAAGAAAGCUGUUGAGAAAGAAGUGCCGCGCAAUCAGCUUGAUGUAGGCAAUCUCUAG